ACGGCCCGCCCGCCCAUCCAGCACUGCCACCGCUCCAGCCGUUCCUCGCUCGGCUGCCGGAAGGGAUUUUGCGCCCUUCCGCCGCAGGGUCACGUGACAUCCCCUUGGUAACGCAAGAUGGCGGCGCCCAUGUUGCUGCCCGAGUCCCCUCUGGGGAAGUUGAGCCAUCAAAAAUACAGAGCUAUUCUGAAGAAAGAGAAGCGAAAAAAAAAGCGACAGGCUCUUGCAAAACUAAGAGACUCAGAAGCUACAGAAAAAGAUGAAUCUGUGUCUGAGGAGGAAGAGGAGGAACUGGAAGAAGAGGAAGAAGAAGAGGAAGAAAAGAAACUUGAGGCAGAAAGACAACAACUACAUGAGCAGUGGUUGCUGAGAGAAGAAAAGGCCCAAGAAGAGUUCAAGCUUAAGAAAGAAAAAGAAGAGGCUGCAAGAAAACGUCAAGAAGAAGAAGAGAGGAAGAUCAAAGAAGAAUGGGAAGAGCAGCAAAGAAAAGAGAGAGAAGUGGCACAGCAGAAGCAACAGGAGAAGAGAGAGAGAGAGGCAGCUGUGCAGAGGAUGCUGGAUCAAGCUGAAAGCCAGCUGGAGAAUGGUGUGACCUGGCAUAACCCAGAGCCCCCAGAGAAUAUAGGAACAGAGAAGGACAGAGCAAAUUGCCCAUUCUAUAUUAAAACCGGUUCCUGCCGAUUCGGAGACAGGUGUUCUCGCAAGCAUAACUAUCCAACAUCUAGUAAGACACUACUUGUUCGAGGGAUGUUCAUUACUUUUGGCAUGGAGCAGUGCCGGAGGGAUGACUAUGACACAGACGCGAGUCUUGAGUACAGUGACGAAGAGACCUACCAGCAGUUCCUGGAGUUCUACGAGGACGUGCUCCCUGAGUUUCAGAACGUGGGGAAGGUUGUUCAAUUCAAGGUCAGUUGCAACUAUGAGCCUCACCUGCGAGGAAAUGUGUAUGUCCAGUAUCAGUCGGAGAAGGACUGUCAGGCAGCUCUUGCUCUAUUCAGUGGACGAUGGUAUGCAGGCCGACAGCUUCAUUGUGAAUUUUGUCCUGUGACAAGGUGGAAGACUGCUAUAUGUGGCUUAUUUGAAAGGCAGAAGUGUCCAAGAGGGAAGCACUGCAACUUUCUGCAUGUGUUCAAAAAUCCAAGCAAUGAUCUUUGGGAUGCCAGUAGAGACAUACGUAUUUCUCCUGAACGGACUAAUCAGUUGUCUAAAAACUCUGAAAGGAGAAACAGAUCGAGCCAUCGUGAUGACUAUUACAGCCGGUCAAGGAGAAGGGGCAGCCCAAGCCCUGAUCAUUCCUAUCGAAGGAAUGGAGAAUCUGAGAGAAAAAAGAAUCGCCGCAAAAACAAGAGAAGGCGCCGGUCUGGCAGGUCAAGAAGUCGAGAAAGGAGGAGGUCUCGCAGCAGGGGGAGAAAGAGGAGGGGCCGCAGUCGCAGCAGAAGUCAUAGUCGAACACGCAGCAGGAGCAGAAGUCGGAGUUCGUCUCGAUCGAGGAGCAGGGGUAAAAAGAGAUCGAGCAGCAGAGGAAAGAAUAGUUAAACUCCCAAAACAAAGAGAGAAUUACUUUUAGAAUUUGCUAAUUGAUCAAACAUAGAGCUGACAAAUCUUUCCAGUAGGGCACCAGAUAUAUUUGAGUUUCAAAUAAAAGUGUUCUUGCACAUUAAAAUGUUUCUUCCUAAUAAAGGAACCUAGUUCAUUGUGUGCUAAGCUUCAGAAAAGUAUAAGUCCUAUAUAAGGUGUGAAUGUCAAGUACUCUAGCUACUCUGUCCCUCUGAACUGCUUUACCAUCUGGAUGCAUACUGAGUACAAAUAGAAAGAGAAGUAAAGCUUAUUUGGUAUAUGCUUAUUUCUGUGUUACGUGUGUGUUAAGUGUUUACUGUCCCUGUAAGGAGUUAGUACAGAACAGCCAGUGUGCUGUAAAUUCACACCACAGCAUACUGCAAAUUGAAGUCUGUGUAGAAGACUGCCAUUUAGAUUUUCCGUCUGUUUAUGGGAAAUCUCUUUUCUAGACAAAGUAAAUAUAAUCAUGUUAUGAGUUGGAGAAAAGGGAUCUAAAAGACAUCACUGUUUGGUUGUACAAUACUUGCCCAGUAGGAGCUUUGUGGUCAUAAGUGUCAGAUUUUUCUCUCUCCCCUGACUGAGCUGCUAAGCUAAUUGCCUGCAGGGAUUGCAGCAGGCUAAAACCAAGUAGGAAGUACACAGAAAAACAAUCAGUUUAUUCAGUACCUUAAUCCCUACGUAAGAGUGGAGACCAUGCACUUGUAAUCCUUAAGUGAGGAUAGGAAAUACUUUGCAUACCUCUUGGUUGCUUACCAUUUGUAGUUGAAAACAACCUGCCUAGCCUGUGAUGGAGUGGUGGAAAAGUGUACAUCUGGUAACCAAACACACGUAUGUCGUUGUGAAGCCCCACAAUGGUUGCAGAGUGGCUAAAGAAAUGGAAGGGUUUUAUACCUGAAACAAUACUUUAAGUUGUUUUGCAGAGGAGAACGUGAUGUAAAGUCUUUUUAGGCUUAUUGUACAGUUUAGGGCAUCCUACUGCCUGGCUUCCCUAUGGUUAAGGUGGAAAGUAGGAUACAUAAAAAUGAAGUUAUCAGGACAAAACCUUUUUUAAAUGACAGCUACGUUUGCAAAGUACCUGUAAUUAGAUAAAUCCUUACAAAUAUUGCUUCAGUUUUAAAUGAAAGACUUGUGCUGUUAGAUGGACUGUACUUCACACUGUUUAACUUCAGGUAUUUACCUUAGGCACCCAGGUGUCCUUUGGCGCUUGGAGAGAGCAGUUUGUGGCACUGAAGGUGCAGGUGGCCUGAAUGGUCUGCAGAGACACCUCCCUCUCUUUAGCCUCUCCAAAGAACUUGGGCUCCUGCCUGUGGAGUACAGUUCACACCACCUAAGUUAGAAGCCUAAAGUAGACAUGAAAUGCUCCCAAAUAGAUACUUGUUAUGACUUCAACAAUACAACAAAGUCCUGUAGAAAAUCUGGAUAUCCAAACUUUAUGAUAGCAUUCCUCACAGCAAGAAGAGUUUUCCUCCAGGAUAGUUAAGAGUGAAUGAACAUUGCUUCUGGAUAUAAUAUAUAUAUUUUUGGUUUUCUAAAUGCAUACUGCACCUAGCAUGCUGAUUAUACAUUUUCCUUCUUUCAUGUGUAACUGUUGACCAAUAUGGAGUAAUACAGCAAAAGUGCUAUAUAUUGAUGUUCAGUUCAAACCCGACUUUCACUAUAUAUUGUCAUAACUGUAGGCAGAAUUGUAGCUUAGUUGAUUUGAUUAAAUGUUUUAGUUAUUAACAGAUGUAGGAGUUGUAAUUUAAUAGCAUAACUUUUGAAAUAAUAACAACUUUGUUUGAAAGGCAUAUUUCAAAGGAUAGACGGCACUAAGUUUUAAGUUAUGUUUGAGGAAUUUGUGACCAUCAGUUUCUCAUGGUGUAUCUUCUUCUGACUAGACCUUACAGACAGAUUUUCCCCGAGGUUUCUAUUUUUCAUAGAUGCUCACUUGUCUAGUUGGGUCACUUGUGUAGAAUAUGGCAAACUCUCGUUCAGUUCCGUGGAGCAGAAUCAAACUUGCUGAGAUGCACCGACAGGGCAAUGACAUCUUCCUUUCACUGGUGCUGACUUGCCUCCAGUGACUCGUGCUGGUCAGCCAAGCCUACCGUUUACAGCCCUCGGGUGGAAGAGUUGACUUAUGCCAUCUGUAUGUAGCCCAUUGUACAUCCAGUGUUGUGCAGCAGGCUGUUGCUGAUCGUUAUCUGGGCAAAAUCCAUCCCUGAGCUUAAUGGAAUGCAUGGUGGGAACCUUGUGACCGGUCAGGUGAAGCAAGCAAAGCUGGCCUCUGUAGGAUUAGAAACCAAGUGCCAACUAAGACCCAUGUGAGAAUUCCACAGGUAAUUAGGCUCCAUGUCCCCAUGGUUUUGUAAUGGGAUUUGGGAAGCUGAGCUGCUGUAUUUUUUUAAAAAAGGUUCUUAAAGACUGACUAAGAAAUGCAUGUAAAAGUUUAAAUACACUUAUUUCUGCUACUAUAAUGGGUGAAGCUUCAGCUGUUUUUCUUGAGGUCUGGACCCAAACUUACUGGCUGUACCUGUGCAUUGUAGGACUGGUAGAUGUAAUUAGCAUUCACUUUCACAUGCAGCCUGUCUGUUACACAGAAAUGGAGUGCUGUAGAUCUGACAUUUAGUUUGCAUUUGUUAGCAUGAAACCUGGACUUCAACUUCAGAGUUCAUAUAUUUCAGUGUUAUUUCCCUACUUCAUAAUCUUAAGUAGUGUUAUAUGCAUGGUUUUGUGUUUCUUUAUUAGCCAAGUGAGCUAUUUAUUCUGAAGAAACAGAGUAGAAGUUUUUAAAUGUUAAGCUUAAUUGUUUUUCUGAAGGGGAGAAGCCCCAGAAAACAUAGAAAGGAUUUACAUUUGCAAAGCACAGCUUGUUCGCACUGUGUGUUAUUCUGUGUAUUCCACAUACAAGGACCUUAUGAAGUGAACUAAUAUUGGCCAAGUUUUGUUUUGAAUGACUGCUUAGAAGCAGCAGCUUUCAGAAUUCUUUUUUUUUUUAAUUUAUGAAUUCUGUGAGGAUCACUGAGGUGCUUUAGAGCGAUGAUGAAAGCGGGGUUCGCACAGAGCUGCAAGGGCCCUUUCUGACAGGGCCUGCCAGGCAGCUCACAGGGCAGCUGGGCUGGGGAGCAGGCCCCACUCUUGCCCUUCUCCCGUGGAAGGAGGAGCAAGCCCAAGUUGGGCAGCCCGUGGAUCCAGUAGCAGACAGUCCCAGCAGGCACAGGCAGUAGGUGUUACUGCCCAGCAGCAUCUCAGCAUCGGGGAACUGGGCUCCCCGCAGCCUACUCCAAGGUCUGGCUGGCAGCUGCUCCCGUGUGACUUCCCUUCCUACCUGGCCGCAGCAGCUGCCCACUGCCACCGCAGGGUGGGAAGGGCAGCAGACCUUCACAUGCUGAAUGCCAGGCUUGCUUUUUAAACAGGGGGAUCAAGCACACCUGAAAAGGCCUUUCUUCUUCACCCCUUCCCUUGCUUAUAGGGCAGGUGGACUGAAAUGUGUCCUACAUAACUUCUCAGCUCUGCAUCCUUUGAUGAUAGCAUGUCUUUCUCAGAUUCAGUGUUGCAUUGCUGCAGUGACAUUCCUGUGUGCUAAGUAACUUUUUUCAGAAGAAAUGCAAGAGCCUGCUUAAGAUAUGCUAUUGCUUCCUGUCCUGGAUCAGUGCUUCUUAGAAAACAUGAAAGUUUGUGCUAGUUAAUACCUUUAAAGCUUAAUUUACUUACUUAUAUCAUCUAAACAGCACAGCUCAUUUAGCUUUCACUGAAAGUUUGUUGCAAUUAAAAUAAACCCCUACUAUUCCACAUAUCCGUCUAUUCAGCACUGAUAUAUCAGCUGAAUUCACUAUCUCUAAUAAAAGAGAGAAAAUUGCUAAGUUCCACUUUGCUAACCUACAAGGCUCAUCACAAAGGAAGCUGUACAGGCAUAGCCCAUGGCACACGCUAACUUAACAAAGGCAGCCACAGGGUGACAGCCACAGCAGAUGUUUAAGAAGGCCUCUUCAAAUUAAAGACGGGUUCAGUGAUGAAGACACUCAAGCCAACAAUUACUUACCUAAGCAAUCAAAAAAUUCUGAUUCUUUAGCUUCCUCCCACCCCCUCUCCAUGAGAUAGGAAAUUUAAGAAACAAAAUUUUAAUUUCACAUUAGAUUUAAAAAAUGCCCCAACAUGGUAAGUUUUCACCAUGGUUUUGCUGAAAACAUCAACCAGUUCAGUUCUUUUAGAAGGCUGGAGAACACAUUAAUCUGAGAAAUUUUUGGUUGCAACUAGGAUUGUGAAUGUUGCAUUGACUUGCUUGUAAUUCCAUGUAAGGACCUGAACAUUGAGUCUGUAUGAUCCAGAACCCUCUCUCAAUCAACAUGUGGUUUGUUUUCAUUUUCAAAUCAAGUGGCUCUACCACAUCAAUUUAACAUCCACUUCAAUAAAUUUCACCUUUAAUGUGGUAAGCCUUCCAAAAACUUGCUAAUUUAUCACUUUCUGUACAAUUUAAAUGGAUGUAAAUAACUAAUCUUGGACACAGUAUACUCACACAUUUUUUAAUAAAGUGCUCAAGAACAGGUUAAGCACUGUAAUAAAAUUUCCCUUUUUUAAGCUA